CCUUAACAUAUGUGUCCACACUGAACAUCUCAGCUGAACAUCCAGGAUGGCAGGGAUUAUUCUGUUUCUCUUGUUUCUGGGCUUUCCUCUUUACAGGACAGAGGAGCAUGUUGUCAACGAGCUGUACACCCUGAUAGAAAAGGGCCAGCCCAGCUUUGUGGAUCCAGCUCCGAGCAACCAGAGCCGGCUGGUGGUUAAAGAGCCCUCCCUGCCCAUCAACGAGCUCCUGGAGAAGACCAGCAAGACCGGGGAGUCCAAAUUCACCCUCCAUCCUCUACCCUCUGCUGUCUGGCCAAAGCACACCGACCUGGCCCCCAUCCCCCGCCACCAUGGCCCCCACAACAAAAGCAAAAAGGGCCCCAAGAGCGACCGAAUGGUGGAGCACAACAGCGAGAAGACCAGAGCAGAAGUUGCUGGUCUGCUUCCCAAAACUCCCCUGACAGGAGCCACAGCUGCUGUCACCAACCGCACUGUGCAGAGAACCAACCAGGACGCCCAGUCCAACAUCAGUCCUCCUCAGCAGAGUGAACCAGAGGGUCACCCCAACUCCAGACCCAGGAGUCCAUCCCACACACAGCCUCAGGCUCAGCCGCACCAACCGGCCCCUUCCCCGCGCAGAGAUCCCCCAAACCGACGGCUCGACCCAGAGGAGAACCGGCCGGGGAAGUCCAGUCUCUAUCAGUCAGGUAUCGGUGCAGCGAGCAGGAACAACAGCCGCCCGCCUGUCCUCUUCAACCGGCGCUCCUCCAGCCUGCUCUACCAAUUCGACAUCCUGAGACGAGAGUCCGACUUCACGCAUGAUGCCUUCUGCAUGAGCGAGUGCAGGAAGGAGAAGGAGGAGAGGGAGUAUUACUGCUACAGUGAGUUUGCUGUCAAUGGGAUAGUUCACGACAUCGAUGUGGUGCGUAAAGGCAUACGCCUCAUUACGCUGAUGGUGAGCAGCGACGGCUUCUACAAGAUGAGUCGUCUCUAUGUGACCCCUGACAGCUUUUUCUUCAAAGUUCGCCUUCUGGUCCUGGACACCUACAAGUGCAGCAAGCCCUGCCCUGACAUCAAGCUCGGGACCAGAUACAUUAUAAUGGGCCAGAUCUACCACCGGCGGCGCCAUCUUCCCAGCGACCUCCUGAACCUACUGGGGGGUAAACUGAAGCCUGGAGACGGCCUCCUGAGAAGCAACAACUACGUCAAGAGAUUCAACAAACGGAGGCACCAGAAAGCCCUGGAGGCCACCCGCUCCAGGUGUAGGUGAACCAAAGAUAGGACUAUGGCCCCCUGCUGCAGGGGAAGAGACAUUGCAGCUUACCUGAACUGAUCGUAACUAAUAACCCCUCAGUAUUGUGCAAGACAGAAGACAUUUUGCGGAAGGCAUGGAUUUAUUUUCAUACGGACUGCUAUGAUGUAUCCUAAACCUGGUUUAUCUUUUUUACUCCUCUGUAAAGUUCCUGACUUGUGGUUUCUUUGAUAGAAAACACAAGCAGCUUCUUUUAAAUGGAUUUUCCAUGAUUACUUUGUAACGUUUGGGGCGUCAAACAAGAGUGUCCCCAACCUUAUUAUUCCCAAAAUAGCAACUCCACUCAAACUCCUCAUUCAUGGCUGGUUCAUGAAGUCCCUAAACUAAUUCAAUUGGCUCACAUUUAAAGGUAUAUUUGGCUCAUCUGAAGAAUGGGUAUAUUUUAUCAUCUUGCACCAGCACUUACGUUAGCGUGUUUUUGUUAUACAAGCCAAUAUUUGUGCUGCAGUCAACCUCUUUAUCCCCACUAUAAUCCAAGCACACAUAUGAACAUGCAUACAGAUAAGAUUAUCGGUUAAAUGUUGUUGUCCUAUGUUGCUUUUCAAAGCAUGCCCCCGUUUUUAUCAGUUGAAAAACAGAAAUCAAUACUUUUACACAACAUCAAAGAGAAACUUUAUUUUCAAGACAAGCAUGCUGGCUUUUCCAAAUAAUGGCAGCUGCUCAGUACAUUUAGAACCUUGGAUCUUAAUACAAACCCAAUAUUUCCAAUAAUCAUGUUAAUUCCUAUGAUUAAUCAAUGAUGCUUCUAAAUUGAUAUGAAUACAAAAUGUUGUAUUGCACCAAACAGUGUUGUUUUGUAACGCUCAGUCCUGUGCAUGUUGUCACUGUGGUUAUUAUUGGUAGGCAGGAAAUGCACUAUUAUUGUUACAAGGACCAAAGGGAGGGAAUGAAGGGCCUGAAAAAGCAGCAACAAACCUCGGUGGAAAACAAGGAGGAGGAGGAGGAGGAGGAGGGAGAAAAAGGGAGAGAGGGAAUGAGUGAACACAGGACCUUUGCUUGUCAUGAGAGCGGCUUAUUUUCCUAACUUUAAUUAUGUGUCCACGAUGAAAUAUCUGCCCAAGUAGACUGGGACAUCAAAAGGGGCCUUGCUGAAUGAGGAGGGGGUGUGUUGUUGUAGGGACUAAGCCAUAAAUCUAAUCGCAGGAAUCUGAUCCUCUCCGCACCUGGACACAUGACUCGGAAAAAGUGCCUCCGUCACAGCUCCUCUCUGGGACGGCCCUUGUUUUCUUGCUUACACACAAAGACAUCCUCCAAGAAGGGGGGCAUUUAAAGUGUAGGCAAGAUCAGAGGAGGUGGGGGCAAGGUGGAGGAGAAAUAGAGGAGGUUAUGUAAAAUGACACAGGGAGGGGAUUGAAGCAGGAGAGGGGAUGUUGGGUCUGUCUUUCUAAAGGGAUAGCUUCUUAUUUAAUCAGAAAUCCCUGGCUUGAUUGUAGUACGACCCCGAGCUCAUGCUUCUUAUGAAAGGGAAAACUUGCACUGAAUGCUUACAUUGCUUUACC